AUGAUUAAAACAGCUAGGCCUGCCAAAUCGGCGGGAAAUGGUGGCUCUUCCAAUACUAACCCUCCGGCCACCCUCCCAACACCGCUCACUGCGUGGGCCACUGGAAAGCGACCAGUUGAGGAUGUGGCAGAACAAAGCGACCCCAACGUCCAGCAGUCAAAUGCAGAGGUUGUUGAAAAGGUGGUCGUCAGCCUGUUGGACGACAGCGAUAACGACGAGGAAUUCGCUCCCGAAGAUUCCGACCUUGAAAAGGUGGUUAUCAGUCUGUUGGACGACAGCUAUAACGACAAGGAGUUCGCUCUCGAAGAUUCCGAUGUUUCGGACUUAGAAGAUGACAAAGUCGACCACGAGUCGCCCGAGGAGAACACGACAGCAUCAGCCAGCACAGCUCCAGUUACUCCGCCCCCUCCUCCGAAUGGCACGACUUCCAGUCAGAUCCCGAUCGGUUUUUAUGACCUUGAGAGCUCCACCUGGACAGGAGUCGAAUUCGGCCCGGCUCAGGUUGAUAUGUCUGACAUCACACAAGCCCAAAAAGACAUGUCGAUAGAUCGACUUCGAAACGCAUGGCUACUCAUAUUUUCAACGAUCCGGUCUCUUUUAAACGGCACCCGAAGGCUCUAUACAUUCGACCAAAAACAUCCAUUCUUACACCGAUGGGGCAAUUGGUUUCGCCUUAUUCCAGUCGAUGUCUUCAUGCGCGAGACGCUUGGAAGGAUUCCGUUGGAAACCCAAGUGGUCCUCGGGAAACCGGAUCUUACAGUUCAAGAUUUGUAG